CCCCUUUAUCAUCCCACAUUGACCAUGUUUAAAGGCCACAGGCUUAGUUAACCUGACUCUAUUGGUGCCUUACCUCUCUGUGAUGCGGAAUCUUGGUUAAAUUUAAUGAAUUAUGAGAAUUUCCUUAAAACUCUUAAUUAUUCUUACCAGUGCCUAUUUUAAAGGAUAGACCAGGUGAGAUACGAGACAGGUAAAAUGGUAAAUUAAUUCAGUAUUGGCUGGAAAGGUGUAGUAUCAAGGAUGACUUAUUAAAUUAGGGUAUAAUGGAUAUUACCUUAACCUACUAAUUUCCAGACACCUACUAUGUAUUUCUGGGCAAAAUAUGACGCUUCUUUAAGUCGUGGUCGGCACUCGUGGGGAAUUGGGAUCCCGGACUCAGACUGGCUGGACCCACAUCUUGCCAACAAUGGCGGGUUUUCAGGAGCCUCCCAUCAAGAAGGCAAAGAAUGACCGAAGUGUUGACCUCAAUGCCAACACUUCCCAGGCCCCCACACAGCCAAGCCCAAGCCAGGCAGCGAACGGACACCUGAAGGCAAGAGACAGCUCAGCAUCCUUCCAGAACCUCAAGCACAAGAACCCCCACAAGAGAUCACCACAGAAAGCCAAGAACCCAGAGCACCUGAGGAACCUUCUAUCGCAGAGACAUGCCCUGCCAAUCUUCCCUGCCCGGGCAAGGCUUCUGGAGGAGUUCAAGAAGCACCAGACUGUUAUUGUCAUUGGGGAGACCGGCAGUGGGAAGACAACACAAAUUCCACAGUAUAUUCACGAGGAGAGGCUGGAUCGCAAGGGAGGGAUCUGCAUCACUCAGCCCAGGAGGGUGGCUGCUAUUUCAAUUGCCAAGCGUGUGGCCGAGGAAAUGGACACCAAUCUGGGGGGCCUGGUCGGGUACUCGGUGCGUUUUGAGGAAGCUGUCUGCCCUGCUACAAAAGUUAAGUAUGUCACUGAUGGAAUGUUACUGCGGGAGGCAAUCUCUGACCCACUGUUGAGUAAAUACAGCUGGAUACUGCUUGACGAGGCGCACGAACGCACAAUAAACACAGACGUCCUCUUUGGGAUCGUGAAGGACGCGCAGAAAACCCGCAGAUCGACUCCAGGCCAGGAUCCGCUGAGGCUUCUCAUCAUGUCCGCCACCAUGGACGUGGAUCACUUUAGCCAGUACUUUGGCAAUUGUCCCGUUCUGUAUGUGGAAGGCCGGCAGCACCCCAUAGAGAUGUUUUACGCCAAGAAGCAGCAGGAGGACUACGUGAUGGCCACCAUGACCACCGUGUUUCAGAUCCACCGGGAGGCACCGCCACGACAUGACAUCCUGCUCUUCCUCACCGGACAGGAGGAAAUUGACUCCGUGACGGCAAAUCUACGCCAAAUAGCAAAGGAUGGCAGCCUGGCGGAAUGCCCCAGGCUGCGAGUGUUGCCGAUGUAUGCCGCCCUGCCCGCCCACCAGCAGCUGGACGUCUUCCGGCCCACAGCAGAGGGCGAGAGGAAAGUCAUCGUGAGCACUAACAUCGCAGAGACCUCCAUCACCAUCCCAGGCAUCCGUUUUGUGAUAGACUGCGGGAGAGCGAAAGUUCGAACGUACCACCCAGGCAGCGGAUUUGAUUCUCUGAAGGUCAGGAAGAUAUCACAAGCCCAGGCAUGGCAGAGGACUGGCAGGGCGGGGCGGGAGGCAUCUGGCAACUGCUACCGAGCCUACACGAGGGCAGAAUUCGAUGCAAUGGAUAUCAAUCCAACGCCGGAAAUCCUGCGGUCAAAUUUAUCCAGUGUGAUGCUGCAGCUCCUGGCAAUGGGGAUAAAGAAUGUAGUGACGUUUGACUUCAUUGACAAGCCAAGCGCUGAGCAUUUAGAAGCGGCAAUGGUGCAGCUCACGUUUCUCGGUGCUGUUGUGAUAAAGUCUGACUGCCUUGAGUUAACAGAGGCUGGCAGGAAAAUGGCUCAGUUCCCCCUCGAGCCACGUUACGCUAAGGUGAUUCUCUCAGGACCUGAACACGGAUGCACAGAUGAGGUGUUGUCAAUUAUUUCCAUGCUGUCAAGUGAGUCAAUCUUCGUCAACCCGGCCGGCAAGAAGGAACAAGCAGCCAUUGCCAGGAGAAAGUUUACUUCAGUGGAGGGCGACCACAUUACACUGCUCAAGGUCUUCAGAGCAUUCAAGGCCGCCAAGAAGAACAAGAUGUGGUGUCAUGAGAACUUCCUCAACUUCCGCAACCUGAUGUACGCCACAGAGGUGCGGAAACAGCUGGUGCAGGUGUGUGAGAGGUGCGGUGUGGCCCUGACCUCAUGCCAGCAGAAGACAGACUCAGUGCGAAGGUGUCUGGCCACAGGUCUCUUCACUAGUGUGGCCGAGCUGCAGCUUGAUGGCAAGUACCUCACGUUGGACACAAAGCAAGAGGCAGCACUGCACCCCACCUCGGCUCUGUUUGGGGGCAAGCCAGCGUAUGUCCUGUUCACUGAGCUUGUGCAGACAGGGAAGGCUUACAUGCACCUCAACUCCAUUGUGGAUCCCCAAUGGCUGCAUGAUAUUGCACCCGAGUACUUCAGGAAGAAACACGUGAAGAGAUGAAGGAGGACGAGCCUCAGGAUGGGGUGAAGACAAAUGGAUGGUGAGAUGUAAAGAAUGAGGUGAUAUUCAGGAAGAAUAUAAAAACCUAGGAAUUUAAGAAAGUAAGGGAAGCUGCAAAAAGCCAUCAGGCCUGCAUGUGGCAGUUCCUAAUAUGUGAUAGUCUAAGAACAUAUAAGGGAAGCUGCAAGAAGCCAUGAGGCCUACACAUGGCAGUUCCUAAUAUGUGAUGUAAACAGUGAGAAAGGGACCAAAGAGGUGGAAAUUCCUGACUUCAGCAUUGUACUUUGGUAUAAGAACAUAAGAAAAUAUGAGAAGCUGCAAGAAGCCAUCAGGCCUCCAGGUGGCAGUUCCUAGUAUGUGAUGUAAACUGUGGGUGAGAAAAUAGUGACAAAAGAAAGGAAACCUCUGACUUAAGCAUUGUGGUUUGGUGUCAAGAAGGCAAACUUGAGGCUAAUGUAAUGCUGGUGAGAUGUGAGGAGUAGAUGGUGACCAAGGGGACUGCCUGACUGACUGACUGACUGAGUGACAUGUUCAGGGCAGUCUAACGAAGGGCACAUGUGGAAUGAAGGAAGAAGUGUGGAGUGAAGGGAGGAGUGAGGAGUGACGCAGAUGUUAUGAAAUGAGUGGUGUGAGAUGCUGCAUGCCUUCCACUGUCUUCCACUCCUGAACACAAGUGAUGACAUGAAUCAUACACAAAUUCAUUUCUCACAUACUUUAUUUAACACCAUAUAAGAUAACUCUGCUGGAAUGUACAUAAAUAUACAGUAUAUAUACGUGUCCAAGAAUCACCCUCAGUUCACACCAGUGACUGCUCUUGAUGUAAACAGUCAGUGAACACGAAAACAGUGAAACUUGUUGGGUUCCAAAUUGUUUUUUUUUUUUUUUUUUAU